AUGUCUGCGAACAGCAUUGGAGCUCAGUUGCGUCGUUUUGUUGCUAUUUGUCAAUCAGAGGCAGAUCCUAAUACGCGACUCUCUCAUCCUCUAAAUAGAUCGCCUGCAGAAUGGUCGCAUUUGUCCGAUUUGCUCUGCUCGCUUCUCAAGUCAUGUCCUCCUUCUCGCUCCGCAAUUCUAAGCUUUAUACAUCCAAUUGUAGUUGCUCACCUGCAAGCAAUUUCAACUCAUCAACAAUCACAGAUCGUUGAAGGUGUCUCACCUCAAAAACGUCGCUGGCAGCCUCCUUUGGUGCUACCAUCCGAGGCUUUCAUUACUGCAGUUCUCGCGGAGGCCAUGGAAGUAUGUAAGAGGGAGUCUAUUGUGCUGCGCGAUCAGUAUCAAUCUUCUUUCGCUGCAGAUGUUUGUGCUUUCGCCUUAGAUAUUCUUACUCCCAUUGCACCGCCACCUCAUCGCGACGUUUCCCUUGCAUGGCGUUAUCGCCGAAAUCGAGCGGUGAUUCGACAGCAUGUGCACACGAAUCUUCGUUACGGCCGUCAGAAGAACAACAAUAAUAACACCAGUAGUAGCAGCACCAACAACUGCAAUAAUAGCAAGCGACCACAUUCUGACGUGGAAAGCACCGCAGAGGAUAUAUCUGAGUUAGAUGAGAUUAACGAUAGUGGUAGCGAAAGCAAUAGCAGUGAAAAUGACUCUGACGGUGUGAUAAAUGAAGCAGCUUCUGGUGAUGACGUAGAAGUCGAAUGCGCUGGUGCUGCAUCGGUGGAAAGUGUAGAGACAGAGGAUCUCUCACCCGAUUUACGCCCUAUUGGAUUUAAUCUGCGCCUCCUUGGUCCGUUGUGGAUGUCCUCAGCAGUGGUGAAACAGCUUUUGCGCAUCAUAUUUGCCUGCCUUGUUGGACGGCUCUCUAGUUGUGCGUGUGUGGAGCGUCUAGUUGCGGCCGCCUUGCCUCAUGAGUUUCGUGGGCGAUGGCGAAGAGGAACGGCACCUCCUCUACACCCUUUGAAUCACAAAAUGGAUUUUGCCGCUUGUCAGCCGCAUUGGUGCACAAAUUGGUUGCUGCGACAGAUUACCGAUGCUGGACUGUCAUCGGUUGUUGAUUCUCUUUGCCGCCGACUGCUAGAGGUGUGUCUUCGUGGACCUCUUUUGGGACAGCUGCCCUACAGUGCGGAGUAUCACCGAUUCUGGGCACUAGCAGGGCUCUCUAAUCUCGUCUUCUGUUGUGUGUUCUUUGCUCCAUUGGUACGACUCUCAUUGACUGGAUGGUUGGAGAAGAAACUUACAGAACUGCGGAAUGCACAGCCUCCUCCACUUAUUCAUGUGUUGGCACCGCUGAUUAUCCUCGCUCCACGUGGUUCUCCUACCUUUUCUGAUGUUGUGCCGGCCCAUUCUGCAAUCGCCCGAUUAAGACAUCUGAAUUCUCAACCUCCUUCAAGUAACAUGCCUCGCUGGGGGUCUUCGCCUCAUCCUCCACCUCCGCCCCCACCCCCACCACCUUCGCAGACCUUCAAUGGGGCACCGAGUGCACUGGUAGUGGCCAGUGGCUUCCUACCUCACGAAUUUCACCUUCUCUCACCCCACUCUGAACAGGUGCGCUGCCUAGUGGCAGCGUGUACGGAAAUACGUUCUACCGUUCUCUCCACUCUUCGUGCCUUCGUCGAGAAGGUGACAAAGGAGGCAGAUGCGCACACACUUGAGACGUCUGUGGAGGGUCUCUUCAGGGCGGUCUCGGAUCAGGAGGUGGAACUGUUUAAGGAGCUCCUUGUUGACAGCAUCUGUCUCGCCUCAAAAGAAUGUGGUUGCGAAUGUCUUGAACUCCUUCUGCGUCUGGAGUCGUCUACUUCUAUGCCUUCUGCAAUCGUAUCCUCCACUCAGUCUCUUCUUCGCCUCCUAAGCCUUCGAGCCCACGAGGCUGCAGUUUGCAGGUGCUUGUCGGAUAGUGAAGUCCCCCGCUUUUUUCUCGGUCGAACCCUCCUCGAGCAUAACAAUGGCUCUGAUUUCCUAUUUUAUACAAACAUUGGCUGCAGCGGAGCUGGUACAGGUGGGGUGCUUAUGCAGCACCUUAUAAAGGGAGGGUCGUACUACGCUGGCCUUAUGCUCACUCUCUACGCCUGCUACACCCGCAAUAGUCAUCUGGCACGGAUCCUCUUCAGAAAUGUGAUUCUCUGGAAUUUGGGUGCUGGUCCUCAUAAUCUUAACAAGGCUCGUUGUCCCCUCCUAUUUUUCCUUCCUCUCCUCUCUGAGUGGGCAUCCGUCAAUCUGGGACCCACUUCUGCUCCUCAGGAACUGCUGUGUCACUGCCUACAAGACGUUUUGGACACUAUUGCCAUUGCGACGUGGGAGGAGCAGCAAAAAGCGCUUGUUAAUCUUCUUUGGCUUGUACAACGUGAACAACGAGAAAGCAGUGACAUCGGACCACAGAUAGAUCCUGCAAUACUCGCUCUCCUACCACGCUUUGUCGCUUUUCUCCCUGGUCUUGUUGAAGAGACUUCGCUAAAGAAUCUGGAAUUGGCACUACAUCUCCUUGAGGUAGUUGAAAAGUCCCCUCCAAUCCAACUAUCUGUCGUUGAUAGCAUUUGUAUCGGUCGGCGACUAGCUUGCCUCCUAGUCUCUCUCAUGGAGAGGUUAGAUCGAGCGAAUAUGGAACUUCAAGACUUGGCUAUCCGGGCUUUUCGGCGAGUGGAUGAUCUUUUGGAGAAGUUGGCAGAUUCGAACGAAUUGGUCCGAGACUCCGCGUUGGUCAGCAUUGCCCAAGCAGCUUGCGAUCAGUUUUCAACAACGAAGUCAUCACCGCUUUUUGAAAUGGCCCCUACAUCCAUCCUUCUAAACACCGAUAGACCGUCAGAUCUUCUUCUAGAUAAUCCGCCACCUCCUCCAGAGUCUGCCUUCAGAACGACAGCCAUUAAAGGUCAAUUGAUUCGUCGCAAUCCUUUGAACCCAAAGGUCCCUCAAGGUAAUGAGUUCUCUGUUUGGAAGCCUUCCACUUGUCUCUGGAUUUACCUGGUUCGGCGACUAAUCUCAUCAUCAAAUUCACCGCUUGGUAUUAACGUCGCUCACCAGCACUACUUUGGGAGGGCACUGGAGGACGCUCUCCUACCACAUGGACUACAACUUCCGCAGACAAACGUUCAGACCUGUACACUGAACCCUCCCGCCUUUCAGCAACCAUGUGGCCUGGGCCUGGAACGCAUCCUUGCUCUUCUACGUGCCUUUCUGCCUGAUUGGAAGCUCUCUUCGCCUUCCAUAAACGAACGGGUUUUGUGGGGAUUCGUAGAACUCUUGUUGCAGCCUCCUCCGACUUCGUCGGAUGCAGCAGCCUCCUUUAGGAACUGCGGUUGUUUGUUAUUAUCCACCUUCUGUAUUCACCUUGUAGAAAAUAUCAUGGACGAUACGACCAAGAGACUUCCUCUACCAGCAAUGCGAUUGUUGUUGGGUCUCCUAUCUGGAUUGGAGGUUACGUGGGCCUCUCUCCUUUCCCCCCGUGUUCCUCUCUCCACUUUCACCGAUAAUGCUGAAGUUGAAGCAGUUCUUGGCGUCUUUCCCCUUCCUGGCAUCCCUACUGUCGCGCGUCAACGCGCUCGAAAACUGGCAGUGGAACAUGGUCAUCGACGCGUGGACACCUCGAGUCGACUCUACAAUGCCACAGAACUCCUUCUCACUCGUCUUGCUCAGUUCCCCAUUACAUCGAAACCCAUUAACCACCCCAACUCAUCCUCUUCGUCCCCACUUCCACCACCUCCGUUGGAGGGUCUUCUCUGCCUCCUUACGCCGCGAGAAAUGGCGUUCUGUCUGUCAGAGACGCGUCGGGGCGUUCGCCUUCGUGCCUACUUGGCGUGGCGUGGCGGUGGUGGUAUAGGAAGCAGUAGUGACGGCGUCUUUGCAUUGAGUGCAGGGAUGCUGCGCGCUCUGGCUCAGUCGCAUCUCGUGGAAGAUGGAUUGGCCAGCCUCGUUCCACGCCUCCUCCUUCACUUCACUCCAUCCGCAUCGUCUCCAUCAUCUUCAUCAUUCCCCUGCGGUAACUCCGCAAGCGGCAGGCGUCUCCUUUCAAUUCUCAACCGCAAAGGCGGCGAGGUGGGCUAUGAAGAGGAUGAGGAGGAGGGUUCCGCAGAAAUUGAGGAGGAUGAGGAAGAUGAGGGAGGCCGUAUACGAGAAAUCGAUGUCGAUGGAGAAGUGAUGGUGGUACUUGAUGAUUGA